UGCGCCGCGCGAGCCACGCCGCCGCCGCGCGCGACCCGCCGACGACCACAACGACGACCCGCGCGCGAAUCGAAGAUCGAAGAUCGAAGCCCGCGUCGCACCUCUCCGACAGCGUCGACCACCUUGCCGACGACGCCCCUUGGAUGAAGUGCAAAGUGCCAGUGCAGUGGUGUCAGUGAAGUGCCUGUGUCUGUGUGCGCGUGUGUGAGAGCGCGCCUACACCGGUAGACCGGUAUAUUAGUGUUAUCUGUGAGUGCUUCCGGCCCGCCCGCCAAUACUAUCUCCGGCGGCCUCCAGCUGCAGCCCCAGCAAGCCAGCAAGCCCAGACAGCCACCGCCCGGCUGCUGCAGUGGAAAACGAACGCACAGGAUUUACCGCGGCCGCCACCGCGCCCUCCACCCGCGCAGCAUCCAUGCGCGGGCGCCCCCGUACCUCGAACCCGUCAUGAACCUUUGGAGGUUCCGAGCCUGAAGAGGCGGCAUGAAGGGCUGGUUCGACUUGUCCCGCGUCGACGGCGGCCCCACGCUCUACAGCCAUGCCAACCGCACGCCCGUCACGGGGGACGUCACGGCGGCCACCCUGUACCUGGCCGCCGGCACCCUCUUCAUCGCCUUCCUCGUCAUCUUCCCGGGCGUCCGCAAGGAGAGGUUUACCACUUUUAGCAGUGUCACCUUCAGCCUGUUCGUCGGCACUGUGAUUCUAGUGACGUGCCACGGCUCCAGCUGGCACGUGGCGAAGAACCAGGUGACGGCCACGUACCGCGCCUUCUCCAAGGAGCGCCUCCGCGCCGAGGUGGGCGCCUACAUCGGCCUGAACCAUGUCAACAUCACGCUGCGCGCGCUGCCCGAGGCGAACCGCACCGAGCCGCAGGACAUCGACUUCAACGAGCGCUUCUGGUGGGGCGGCCCGGGCGACAUGCGGCAGGGCUACCGGGACGGCCUGGUGCGCGGCCUGCCCUUCCCGCUGCUCACCGUGGCCGAGUCCCUGUCCCUCGGCCAGGAGGGCUUUUCCUGGGGCGGCCAGUACCGCCGCGCGGGCUACUACUGCGGCAUCCUGCUGUGGACGUCGUUCGCGGCGUGGAUGCUGUCCAACCUGCUUCUCAUCGUGGUGCCCCGCUACGGCGCGUACUGCCUGGCCGCCACCGGCAGCCUCAUGCUGUUCGCCGACCUGGUGUACUGGAGCCUGAUUCCGCGCACGCAGCUCAUGGUGCGCUUCGAGGGCGCCUCGCUGCCCUUCCACCUGGGCUGGUGCUUCUGGCUGGUCAUGGUGGCGGGCGCGCUGUGCCUGCUGCUGGGCUUCCUCAUCGCCGCGUUCGACGUGCUCUUCCCGCACCGCUUCUCCACCGUGCUCGAGGUGGACUACGACACGCCGUACGACCGGCACAUCAUCAUCGAGGAGUCGCGCGGCAAGCCCAGCCUGGAGCGGCCCUCGGCGCUGGGCUCGCGCAUCCUGCGCCGCCUGUCGCGCCGCGACAAGGACAAGCAGCAGGAGGAGCAGCGGCAGCUGCAGUUGCAGCUGGGGCUGCGACAGGGGCUGGACAACGACGCCUUCGAGCUCGACCCGCCCAAGUCGCCGUGGCGCUACCCCUUCCAGCGGCAGCCCCGCCUGCAGCCCCCCAGGGUGGCUGCGUUCCGCCGGACCGACUCCCAGGACUCGGCGUCCAGCACGGCCUCCAGCGUGAGGGUGUCCUUCAGCAACCUGCCGCCCCCGCAGCGGCAGUCCUCACUGCUCAGGCAGCACCAGGAGCAGCUUUUGCUGCAGCAACAGCAGCAGCAACAACAACAACAAACACUUCCAUCACAGCAACAACCACAACAGCCGCAGGGGACACAGCCGAGGCGACCCUCUGACCAAGAACAGCAAGAAGUGAAAAUUCCACACCAUCCUGCUCUAAGGAGAAGCACAGCUGGACUUGAAGACAAGCAUCGGGAAGUUUCAAUGUGGUAGACUUUUUUUUUGUAUUUAAGUAAAUACCCUUAUUUAUAACUCAAACUGUAAUACAUUGUGAUCUAGAUUUUAAAAUAAGAAUUUAGCAGUAUGCUUUGUGAUUGACAUGCAUUGCGUGAGUAGUGUGAAUGUAGUACGGCCGUUAAGGUCAAAUAAGGUUCUGCAUUUGUUUGCUAAAUUUGUAUGAUUCCUUGAGAGAAUAUUGACAGUGGUGGUGUAACACAGACCACAGUUGUGUCUCUUUCCCUGUAUCGGGAAUAUUUAUCGAAGAGGGUGCUCUCUUUUUGAGUCCAGCUCUUCUUAGCUCAAAGUCUUAGUCCAUUCAAAUUUGCCACUGUUGUAGCUAGUUGGAUAGAGUCCUUGAUGCAUUGAGUGUCGUGUACAGUCGGCUUAAGUCAGUCAUUCCCUUUAGAGCUUCCAUAUUUUAAGCUAUUUUAAGCACCGCACCUGGGUUGCGGAGGAUGUGCCAAACAAACUAUUCGGUUUAAAACUUCUAUUCUUAAUGUAGUCAAUUCUGAUCUGUGGGCUGCCUCUCCACUUCCUUGGCCAUCGAUGCAGCAAGGCGGGGCAAGACUAUUUGUUUUCACAAUGUGGAUUGAUUUUAUGCCCAAGGUUCUGAGAACAAACGAUAGUGUCAUAGUCAAUGAAGGCUGUUUCGAAGAGGUAGUCUGUCAAGUGGGUGCCAUUUUAUUAGGCAUGCUUGUACCUGAACGCAAAUGUAGACACUGUAAAUAGUAUGUUGCGUCCGGUGAGCAAGGGGGAUACCUCACUGUCCAGUCAAACAUUCUAAAUUUUAAAGCAUUUGAAUAAAAUUGUCCUUUAGGUAGAUAAAUAUUUGCGUUUUGUCAAAAUUUCAUGACUAGAAAAAAGUUCUGGUUGACUGGGAACAAACUUCUGUGAUUCUGUUAUUUUGUUCACCUCUGUUGUCUUCCCCCAUCAGAGGACUGAACAAAUAUGAUUAGAGCUUAUAAAACGAUGACCACCUAAACUAAAGCAUGCUCUGCAUUGAAACAGAGAGCAUUGUGUGUAUGUGUUUUCUGGCAAUCAACUGUGAUUUGAUAAACACUAGAGAUUUGUAGUUUUUUUCUCCACUUCUCUCUCUCUUUAAAGAAAGGGUACGUAUAUGUGUUAGAACUUCCCAGUAUGAAAAUGAUUUCUAUGUACAUUAAAUUUACCACCUUUUGAAUUAGACCAAUGAAUUAGGAGAAUUGUUCUGGACAGUAGAUCUAUGUUGCCAUUGUGUUUGAAUAAACAUGGAAGGUAAUUAAGAA